AUGUCUGCAAAGUUUCAAACCAGAUAUGAUGAAAGAAUCAAAGCCCCAUCAUUUGAAGAAAUUGACCGAAAGGAUCCUGUGGCAUUUAAAGCAGCAAGAGAUCGAUGGAAUCUGGAGAGAUUAAUUGAGUUGGAAAUUGUGAAAAUAUACCGAGAUAGAGUCACAGAGUGUCACAGAAAAGAAGAAGUUAAUGCCAGACAGAACUGCAGAAAAGUUGUUAGUGACUACAUGAAAGCCUUCAAUGAAUACAAGAGGAAAGGUAUGUUAACAGAUCAAGAGGUUUAGUUGCAUGCUUUCUCUGAAGUAAAAAGUAUGUAAAAUCAAAUGGAUAUAAAUUUAGAAUGUAAAUAAUUAUUUUAUCUGACAAUAAUUAUUGGCUAUUUUUAUAUUUCAAGGGUUAAAAAACUUCAUUUGCAGAUGAAAAAAAAUCUGUUUGGUUUUUUUAAUUAGUUCUGACAGCUUGAUUAAUUGAAGAAAAUAUUGCUCCCCUUCCACGAACAGUGAUCAUUUUAUUUUACACUACACUUGAUCUCACAAGCAGAAACAUUUACAGUGUAAAGUAAUGUAAGGGAUAUAGAAUGAUAAAUUUGAGAUUUUACGACUGGUUUCAAAAUUCGAGACUGAGACUUGAGCGCUUUUCUCAAUUUUGAGCCCGAGACUUUACUUCUACAAAAUCUGUGCCUGAGACUCAAAGCGCCAAAAAUUUCGAGAUAAUAGUGCAAAUAAAGCCAAAUAAAAUGAGUGAAAAUGCCAGUAGAAGCUAGCAGAAACCCACCAAUACAGGUGUAUACUCCUUUGUCUUGUUUUACUGUCUUUAAAUCUAGUAACUAGCUCAGUCCAAUAAGCUGAUGAACUCUGAACAAAUCGACUCCUGAAGACCCUUAUGGAAAGAAAAGAUGACAAAUAUGAGACUCUGAAACCCAUAAGGGGAAAAAAAAUCAAGACUCUGAGACGCAAAAAUCACCUGAAAACGAGACUUUGAGACCCAUCAAAAACGCUUCUGAGAUUUGGAGAUGGGGCUAAAAUUUUCUGAGACCCAUGUUUUUAGAGGAACCAUUCUAUACCCCUAAUAUAUGCUUGAUUGUUUUAUUCUGAGUGUGUGUGAUGUUUACUCUUCAUUUCCCAGCAUGGUUUUGCACAGAAGAGGGAACCUGGGCCCGUUGGAAAGUGGAGUAUGAUUAG